AUAGAUAAUCCAAAGAAAAUACAAUAAUUGGGCAUCAAAAACUUAAAAUAAACUAACAAAAUGCCGUUCAUGAAAGGGAGAGCGCCGAUUCGUCGCACAUUAAACUAUCUAAACGCCGGAAAACUCGUGUUGAAAGACAAAAUCAAGAUAUUUUCCGUCGCAUACAACAUUGCGGGGCAGAACAACGCUGGUGCAAAGGAUUUCGUGUUCUGGUAUUUGCCUCAGAUACAGUACAAGAAUCCGAACGUGCAGGUCGCGACCUUGAAGAAUCUGACGCCUUCACCGUUCAUUAAGUGUUACUUUGAAGAUGGUAGGCAAGUUUUGAUAGAUAUUGACAAUAAGUCAAAGGAAGAUGUUUUAGAGCACUUAUUGAAUACUGUGGGGAAGAGUAAAGAGGUGUUGGAAGCGGAGGCAGUGGCUGCGGAGAAGAAGGAUAACCCGGCGAACUUCGGUGUGGGUUGUGAGCGCGCUUGUAUGUGUGAGAACUACGGACAAGUGCCCUGCUCCGGUGUAGUGACAUUGCCUAAAUUUAUGAGAGGGAAGUAUAAGAAUCCGGCGAAUUAGUUUAGUGAUUGAGAUAUGUUGGCAAUGCUUAUUCAUAUUUUGAAUAAGGGACAAAAUACAUAAAUAAAUAAGUUGAGUCGCUUAAUUUAAAACUCGGGUAAAUCCGCGUAGGAUUUUGCGAUUUUAGUAUUAAGAAAAGAAAAGUUAAUAGGGUAGAUUUACCCUUAAAUGCCCCAUACACACCUGGAGGCGGAGCGUAGAGAACGAGCUGCGAGCCGUAGGACUAAGCUGGAACGAGGACAAGAUGGUUGCUCAAGAUAGAAAGGCAUGGAAGGAACUUGUGGAGGCCCUAUGCACCUCCGGAGUGCCCUAGGACAAGCAACUACAACAAUAGGGUAGAUUUGUUGAGAGGGUUGAAUGGAUUUACCUGAGUUUGAAGUUAAGCGACACAAUUUUAGAUGUCUAAAAAACACAAAAACUAUGUUUUAAAUUUCUGUAAAUUGUUUAAAACCUUUGCAUUUUAUGAACAAGCAUUUUCAAUAAGGUAAUGUAAGUAUUGUAGUAAUUCAAUAGAUAAUUUUAUUGUACAUUUAGUAAAAAGCUUAACCUCAA